UUACCUUCCUUUACUUAACACAGAGAAUAGCUGGACACGAUUGAACUAUUUUUCUCAGACGUUGGUUGUGUGUGGCUGUCUUUCCUUAUCCCUAAUAACAACUUUUCUCCUCUCAACACUACUCUUUGUUUCUAUUAUAUACAUUGCAUGGCUUAUCUCUUUAGUUCUUCCCUUCUAUUAGUCACUAAAAAUCAGCAUAACAAUGUCUAAUCAAGAAAAUGGUAGCUUGCCAGAUUUUAUACUACCUGAUUCUUUGUACACUCAAACCAUCAGAGAAAUUCAUUCAAAAAUAGAGCAAAAUUGGGAUUCUUUGAGACAAUCGGCACGUCAAACUGCAGCAGGAAGGGCACUAUGGAAACAUGUGAUCAAUGAUCCAUUAGCAGAGUUACUUGCAGGAGAGACAUACCUGAAGAAGUUGUAUGAGAAGAUUAAGAAAGACAUCCUCAACAGCGCUAGAGAGGUUUCUGGAGUUAUCAUUGCUGUUAGGACACUAUGGUUUGACAAAAGAAUUGAAGCAGCUCUUAAUUCCUUUGAUGGAGGAGGAGCACAAGUUGUCAUUCUUGGAGCAGGUAUGGAUACAAGGGCAUAUCGCUUGAGUUGCUUGAAAGACAGUAAUAUUUUUGAAGUUGAUUUUCCCGAAGUUCUGCAAAUAAAAACCACUAUUUUAGAGGCAGCAGCAGAGGCAACAAACGAGCAAAACAUGAUGGUAAAAUCAUUGAACAGAGUGGCAGCUGACCUGAGAGAAAAGGACUGGCUUGAAAAGCUUCAAGAAUCAGGCUUAAAGCUAAAUAAGAACACAGUGUGGGUAUUAGAGGGCAUUCUCUACUAUCUCUCGCACUCAAAUGCAAUGGAAGUACUGAAGAUUAUCGCAAAUAACCGUGCCUUUGCUCAUACAGUACUCUUAGCUGACUUCAUGAACAAGCAAUCAACCACAAUGUCCAGCUCAAAUUUCCAUUUCUAUAGUGACUAUCCUGAUCAGUUAUUGCCAUCACUAGGAUUUUCUGAUGUUAAACUUUCUCAAAUUGGUGACCCAGAUGCCCAUUUUGGGCUGUUGCAUGACCCACUAAAUUUGUUCAACAAGUUGCGCAACUUGCCCAGGUCAGUUCAAACCCACCCAGAUGAUGGAACACCAUGUUGUAGGUUGUAUUUGCUUCAGGCUUCUGGAGAGCCACCAAAUCAAACUAUUUUGUGAAUAUUCUAAUAAUAGUUCACCAAUAAAGUCUAACUUGCUGUUAAGAUUAGAAGCACUCCUCAUUGAUUGUAACUGUCAUCUUACCAAUUAGCUAUAUGUGUGACCAUGUCAUUUAAGCUGUGAUUAGUACACUUUAUAUGUUUUCAAGAUCUAGGUGGUUCUUAAAAGGGGUUCAUGAUAUCAUGUUUCAAGC